UGAUCCUAUUAGCAGUUACGAAAGAGGUCUAGUACGGUCUUGAUUACUGCAUUUGCAUACUUUUAGAAUAUAAAACAUUUGUAUUUUUAGUUUAUUAUAUUUAAAUAAGGGACUUAUCAUAAAUAUAAUUUAUCUGAACAAAUAAAUAUAUUAUUAAAUUAACAAAUAUUGUUAAAUAAAAAUUUUGUAAUUAUAAGGAAUUUCAUUUGAAAUUUUUAUUAACUGUUAUACAUAAUCAAAUAAAAAAGUGUAAACAAUUGUGUGGUUAUAUAAUUUUAGUUAAUAUUUAUAACUCUGUUUAAUAAUAAUAAUAUAUACUUUUAAGUGAUAAGUUAUAAUUUACUUUGAAAACAUAAGAUGAAUUUACCCAGACUUCAUUUAUUUUUCACUUUGGCGUUUUGUGCUUUGGCGGAUAUUUUGCAAACGUCUAUUAAUCGAACAUUUGUUGUUGACUACGAUAAUAACGAAUUUCUUAAAGAUGGUCAAGUAUUUCGGUAUGUUUCUGGAUCAUUACAUUAUUUUCGAAUUCCUAAACAAUAUUGGAAAGACAGAAUUAUUAAAAUGAAAGCAUCUGGUUUGAAUGCCAUAUCUACUUAUGUUGAGUGGAGUUUGCACGAACCAUUCCCAGGAAUAUACGAUUUUGAGGGAAUAGCUGAUAUAGAAUACUUUUUAGAGUUGAUUAAAGAUGCUGGAAUGUAUAUACUGCUUAGACCUGGGCCUUAUAUUUGUGCUGAAAGAGAUUUUGGUGGAUUUCCAUAUUGGCUUCUGAAUAAAACACAACAAAAAAGCUUAAGAACAAAUGAUCCUACGUAUAAGGAAUAUGUUAAAAAAUGGUUUGAUGUGCUAAUGGAUAAAAUGAAACCUUAUUUAUAUGGAAAUGGAGGUCAUAUCAUUAUGGUUCAGGUUGAAAAUGAAUACGGAAGUUUUGCAUGUGAUAAAAACUACACUCUAUGGCUCAGAGAUUUAUUCCGAUCUUAUGUUCAGGAUAAGGCUUUACUCUUUACCACUGAUGGUUGUGGAACUUCCUAUAUGAAAUGUGGAAGUAUUCCAGAAGUUUAUGCAACAGUUGAUUUUGGUGCUUCAGUAGAUGAUUCGCAAGAUUGUUUCAAAUACAUGAGAGAGAUUCAUCCUUCUGGUCCAUUGGUCAACUCUGAAUUUUAUCCAGGUUGGUUGUCUCAUUGGCAAGAACCCAACCCCUUGGUGUUUUCAAAUGAUGUUGUCAGAGUUAUGAAGCAAAUGCUUUCUUUAAAUGCUUCAUUUAAUUAUUACAUGUUUCACGGAGGUACAAAUUUUGGAUUCACUUCUGGCGCCAAUAUGAACCUCAAUACACCUGACGCAGGAUAUGAACCUCAAUUGACAUCUUACGAUUACGAUGCUCCUAUAACUGAAGCUGGUGAUCUAACGGAAAAAUACUUUAUGAUUCAGAAAACUCUUUUUGAAUCGAAAUUUUUAAUUCAAAAUGAAAUAUUGCCUUUUUGGGAGCCAAAAGCUCGAUAUGGAGAUUUUGUACUUAAUCCGUUGGCUAGUUUAUUCGAUGAAGCUACUCAACGCAUAAAACCUGUAAUAAGUGAUUCACCAUUGACUUUUGAAUUUAUGGAUGUUAAUACGGGAUUUGUAAUGUAUGAAACUAAUCUUUCACACGAUCAAAAAGAUAUUUUUAGUCCUACGGUUCUCAAUAUCAUAGGAUUGAGAGACCGAGCAAUAAUCUAUAAAGACAAUGUUAAAAUUGGUACUAUGUGUCGAGCAAAAGGAAAUACGACAAUGAGUUUAAAUAUUAGUUUAUCUGAUGAGAAACUAAGCAUUUUAGUUGAAAAUCAAGGCAGAGUUAAUUAUGGCAGCUUCCUUGAGGAUAGAAAGGGUAUUCUUCAUCAAGUCAAGUUAGGUAAUAAAACAUUAGGUCCUUGGAAGAUGACGGCUCAUCCCUUAAAUGAGACUUCCUGGAUAUCGUCAUUGAAACCUGUUAAAAAAGUUCAGUUACCGGCUUACUUUAGAAGUGAAUUCGUCUUACCAGAUAUCUAUAGAUACUUUAAAUUGUCGGACACGUAUUUAGAUCCAUCUGGUUGGACAAAAGGCGUAGCGUUUCUAAAUGGAAUAAAUCUGGGUCGAUAUUGGCCGUUAGGAGGUCCUCAAGUUACUCUUUAUGUACCCGGAGUUUUCUUUUUACAACCUCCAGCAGUAAACACGCUCAUUAUGAUGGAACUAGAAGGUGCUCCGGCUGAUUUGUCUGUCAAGUUUGUUGAUAAACCUCAACUCGAUGGACCGAUAACUUUAUAGAAUUGCUGAGUUUUUUAACUUUCACAUCAAUUUAUUAUAAUUUGUAUAGAUUUAUAGGAAAAUGUCAAUAUUUGUAUGAUUUUUCAAUUAUCAUUAUUAUUGUCUAUGAAUAAUUUUAAUAUAACUUUGACUAUUGUAGAAUUUACUGUAUUAGUGAUAAAUAAUUUUUAAAUUAUAGCAAUAUAGCCAUAAA